AUGUCCGCAACCUCAAUGCUCCCCGUGACUUCCCAACCGUCUAUUUCGUCCCUUUCUUCGCAAAGAACAUCUUCUCGUCUCUCAUCCCUCAACCCAAUGAGGACCUCCAACUUUAAAAUACCCGGAGGUCCUCCUGUUCCUCCUAAACCUUCGUCAGGGUCCUCAGCCUCCUCAGCUUCUUCAAUCUCUUCCUCCUCCACCUCCUUCUCCAUACAUCAGACUGCAGCUACCCCAACUCCAGAUCAUCAUUCUCCACCUACCCACUCCCACUCCCACACCCACACCCCACCAACUUCCAACCACACCCCAACUCCAACUCCCCACCACACUUCCACCCACUCACGUCUCUUCCCAACCUUCUCCAACCAUUCCAACCACUCCCACGAGGAAAACUUCCAACUUAAAAGACUCGACUCCAACUCCACCAUCAAUUCAAACUUCUCCCUGCAACUGAAAUACCUUGUAACCCUCAACCUUAGUAAACGAGAUAUCGAACUUAUUCGGUACACAUGGAAUAAAAUGCUUCUUGAAGAACCUCAACAUGAACGUCCAACCCAUCUGCAACUCCCACAAAUGCCCGGUCAAUUCUACCCAGGUCAAUCUUACCCCCCACAUACCCAUCAUUCUCAACAUAAUCAUUCUCAUAAUGAUUCCUUGACCGCUCAAAAUAUGAAGGGAUUAUCACAAAUCAAACAAAUGAGUACCUCCACCGUUGCUCUGUCACUCUUUUGUCGUCAAUUCUAUGGCAAUCUUCUAGCAAUGUCCCCCGGGUUAGAGGGGUAUUUCCCCCUGAUUAAACAUCAAGCAGUGGCGUUUGCCGGAGUGGUAUCCCUUGCCAUUCUGCAACUUGAUAACUUGUCCUCCUUGGAUGAAUAUCUCACCAAGUUGGGGAAACGUCAUACCCGUAUCCUCAACAUUGAACCAGAACAUUUCGAACUCAUGGGAGAAGCACUCAUCAAAACAUUUAUUGAACGAUUUGGUAUCAAAUUCAAUCAUGAAUUGGAAGUGUUAUGGAUCAAAUUGUACAUGUAUCUCUCCAAUUCCAUCCUUCAAUAUGGUCAAGAUCCAAAACUUAAAUUGAAUAAAAAUGACAACACUGGCAGUAAUCCAGAUCAUUUGUUUCAAACCAAUCAACUUGAUGAACGGUCUCUUUUGGACACUCUGAGUCUUAACGCUGAACUCACGCGUUCAAGCACCUUGACUGACGCUGGUUCUUCAGUCAAUGGGCAAUUUCUGACCCGUAAUGGCAGCCAAGCGGGUAGACAUCUGAGUGUCAGUACCGCACACACCAGUAUCAUGAAUCCAGAACUGGCCACCGCAUCCACCGACAACGUCGAAGACAGUGGCAAAAAGCAAAAAAAGAGACUGAGAAUGAGUAUCAGAAACAAAACAAAGGAAGGAUGUGUGAUAGUAUAG